AUAUGCAUAUGCAUAUGUAUAUGUAUAUGUAUCUAUUUAUAUAUCUAUCUAUCUAUCUAUGGUAUCUAUCUAUCUAUAUACAUCGUAUAUAUCUUUAUUCAUAUUUAUUUAUAUAGAGUAGGGGGGAGCGUACAUUCCUGUCCUCGUGUGUUGUGUGUGUGUGUGUGUGUGCCUGUCUGUGUGUGUGUGUGUGUGUGCGCGCGCGCGCGCGUGCGUAUGAGUCACGAGGAACUUUUAAUGUUAAUCAGAGUAUGAUUGGGCGGCUAUAGCAAAGAUUUCAAAGAUUUCAACUUUUCCAAGACCAGGGCGUCCACGUGUAACUAACAGCCAGGCAAGACAGACACUUUGGAAACGUAAGCGUACGAGACAGGGGGCAGGGGCAAUUAUCCCCUAGUGCUGGGGCAAAGUCUACCAUCAAAAUUAGUUGUAACCAAUGCAAAAUUACGUAGUGAUUCAUUUGCAGCUCUAUAUAGCUGUUUGGUAUUAAUGCUAAUAUGAAUAAAAGUUUGAAUCGAUUCGCAAUCGCAUCUGAUUUAUGUCAUGACUUCAUGAACGCAACGUUGUCAAACAAAAACAAACAAACAAAAACAAAAAACAACAAUAACAAAACAAAACAAAACCGUACCACAGUGAAAGCGAGUUUAUGAUACAGGGUAAGUGUCCAACAAAAGUUAAAUAUUUAAAUGUUUUGGAUGCAGGACUCACAAGAACCCUCGGGCGCGUGUGUAAAAAAUUGUGAAGGGGAGAGUCUAGACUGGCAAUCGAAUUUUUAGGGAGGAAGGGUCAUCCUCACCCGGGGAGGGGAAACACUGAAAAAAGAAAAAUUGCCUGGAACAAGUAGGGGUUUUGAGGCCCCGAACCCUCUGCAUGUGCCUAACCCACUGUUUUAGUCAGUUCGUACCUAAUUUGGUCGAUUCGUACCCAGGUCAUUUCAUACCAUUGCAAAAAGUCAUUUUGUACCAUAGUCAAUUCGUACCAUAAUCCAUUGUGAAAAGUAAUUCAUACCAUAAUAAUUUCGUACCCAUGUCAUUUCGUACCAUCUUUUAUUAAUGAUAUUAUAACAUAAAUUAUUAAUAAAUAAAAAUAAGUUAUAACUAUUAUUAUUUAAUAAUUUAUGUUAUAAUAUAAUUAAUAAAAAAAUGCCGUAACGGCAGGUUAACAGCACACAAAUUCGAUAUAACGACAAAGCGACCCAGGGACGAACGUGGUCGUUGUAACAAGGUCUGACUGUAUACAUAUAUAAGUUGUUUUUCCAUUAUGCUAUAUUGUUUUGGUCCUUUGUGUGUGCGCGCGCGCGCGUGUGUGUGUGUGUGUGUGUGCGACUAUUUACAAAUUGUAACUGUUAACCAAAAAAAAAAGAAAAGAAAAAAAAAAGCAAGUCACAAUUUUGAAAAGAAGGCCUAAUAAAUACAAAAAAUAUUUCCUUGGUCAAUUAUGUUUUGUUGUUUUUUAUCUUCGUGACAAAAAGACAGUACAACUGUUUUUAUCAUAUGGUCGAUUCGUUUGCCAUAUACUGGUACGAAAUUACUUUUUACAAUUGUACGAAAUGACUCGGGACUAGGGUACCAAAUGACCAGGCAGUAUGGUACGAAAUGACUAUGAUUCAAUUAACUUAAUUAAUUAGGUUAUAUGUCUACUGCUUGGGUGUGUUGAUUCGCUUCUUAUGCCAGUUGUAUUAGAAAAUGUUAACUUAUCGGCAAUGAGAAUUUAUUUGGUCAAAUGGAACCAUGGUCAAACAAAACCAUAACUAAGCCGAAGUGCUCCCUCCGAAUGUUUCAAAAGCACUCGGCAUUCUCCGGCCAUAGUACUGAAAAAUCCGUAUUCGACCGGUCCAAGGUAGGCUACUCCGAUGCCAUUAAAAAAAAAAAAAAGACCUCGAUUAUACAACUUCCCAAGAUAGAUUCCAUAAAGUUAUUGAUUAUUACUAUUUCAUAGAAACUAAGGACGAAGCAUGUCCCGAACUACAGCCAAAAGAAAGCAAAGACGAUGUUUUAAAACUUGAUGAUAAAAAGAAACUUCACACUGCUUAGAAUUAACUGAAGUACAAAAUGACAUCAACAAGUGCUGAAGAAGAUAUGGAAAGCAACAUGCAAGAAAAUAGCUGUGAUCACAGAGAUACAGACUUUUCCAAUGAGAAUGCUGCAGAAAAGUUUAACUUGCACAAGAAAGUCUUUGUUGGAAACCUGGGAUACAGAAUACAGAGGAAAGAACUAGCAUCAUUCUUUUCCAAGUUUGGAAAUGUGUAUAAGACUCACAUAGUUAUGGAUCACAUAAAACACCAUUCUAGAGGAAUUGCUUUUGUGUAUUUUAAGAGAACAGAAGAUGCUGACCGUGCUCUGCAGGCGACAGAUGAUGAACUUGUUUUAGAUGGAAGAGUUUUGCGUGUCCAUCCUGCAGAAGAAUCAAAGAGAACAUCGUUUAAGAGAUAUCAGUCGCUGCCCAAUUUUGACAAGAAUGCAAGUGAUGGGGAAUCACAAGCUGUUCGAGAGGUUGAAAACGGCAACUCCAAGCAAACUGACGUGACUGUUGACAGCAGUACAUCACCAGAUCAUGCCUUGAUGUCAUCCGAACGUGUAUCCAUGACCUUGAAUGACCUCUGUGAUGAACUACUUGUGGAAAUCUUUUCUUACUUACCUAUUAGAGAUAAAGCAAAAAUUGAACGAGUUUGUCACCGGUGGAGGAAUCUAGCAUUGCAGACUUGGGCAACUGUAAAAACUCUUCACUUUGUCAACAUGUUCCGUCAUUUUGGUGGUUUAGUGGACAAAAUGUUGAACUCCAUCCUCCAGCGGUGUGGAUCCUCCCUGAGAUCUCUUGAUCUGUCCGCCUCACCACGCCUUCUUACAGAUUACGCCAUGGACAUUAUAGCUAGAUACUGCCCAGACUUGAUCAAGCUGGAUAUAUCUGGAGUGGCUGCAACAAACAAAUCUAUUCAGAGCUUGUCCACAAAGUGUACCAAGUUGAAGUGGGUUAGGCUUCAGCGCUGUUUCAAUGUGGGUGAAAAGGGGUUGUGGUGGUUGUUGCAUAACUGCCAGAAUCUGGAGUAUCUUGACAUAAAUGGCAAUUCCAGAAUCACAGGAAAGUGUUUCCACAUGUUGGGGCAAACGUUAAAGACUGCUGUUUUGAGCAAUUGUUGUAGUCUGACAGAUGUGGCCAUAACUAAGCUGGGAGAGAAAUGCCCCGACUUAAAUACACUAUACAUAGACAGCUGUGUGGCUUUAACUGAUGUCGGCAUUAAGACUGUGUGUCAGAAAUUAUCUCACCUUGAAUUUCUUGCUGUUGGAGGAUCCUUUCCAUCAGUGGUCAAUACUGAAAGUUGGUUGGAAAUGCAACAUUUAACAAAACUGACGUACUUGAGUGUUUCUAGUAAUUUGGACAUCACUGAUCAAGUUUUAACAGCUGUGUCAAAUAGCUGUUUAUCACUCAGACACGUGGACAUAAGCAGUUGUUACAGAAAUGUAACUGAUGUUGGUGUUCAAGCAUUAUCACAUCUGGAACAUCUAGAAGUUCUCAAUAUUAGCUACCUUCACUUGGUGACAGAUGAAAGUCUUUACCUUGUUUCCCUUAAUGGUCGGUUACAAAAAUUAACAGCUAGGGCUUGCAGUAAGAUCACUGAUAAAGGUGUAGAGAGUCUGGCCGAACGCUGUGAGAACCUGACCCACCUGGAUCUGAGUGGAUGUCUGUAUAUAUCCAACAUGGCACUCAAAGCUUUCAUUCACAGUCAUCAGAACCAACAAUUAGACCUUGUUUUAGGAGGUACGAGUGUUGUGUUACAAGAAGUGACUGUACCAGCACACAUUAUAAUCAGUCUUCAUGAUCGGUCCGUGUAUCACCUGCGACCAGACAGAGAACUCCUGCUACCAGAACAUAACAGUGAUGAAGAUGCAGAAGAAAAUGACUAUGAAGACCGCCCGUUACAAAAUCGAGCCUACAUGCCAGCUGGUAUUGAGGAGAUAGAAGACCCGUGGCUGGAGGAGGAGACUGGGUUGUUUAGUGACCUUCGAGAUGACUAUCUCCUGGGUGAUGACCCACUGGCUGAGGAAGCCUGGGAUCUCACAUGAUACACUCUUGGUACCAAGUUCAUGUCUGAAAGCUCAAAUGUGGAGAUUUGUUCUAUCUGUUACCAUGUUCAAAUUAGGAAUCGUACUGUUAAACUGAAAUUCUUCUCGUCUUUUUUUAAUCUUUUAAAAAAAAAAAACAAUAUUUAUUCACAUUUGUAUUAAUGUUGGGGAUUGACCAACAGGCGAUGCCUAUAUUAAGGUCUCUCCCAUUCUUCUAUUAAAAAUAACAUGAAAAGAUCAGCAAUUUUCAUCAAACUAUUGUAAUGUUAUUACAUUAUGCAGACACUGACAGAAUAAUCCUUAAAUAGGUGAUGGAAAAUGUCUUUUAAAAAGUCAUGGAAUGUGGUUGAUAAAGUGUUUGAACUCUGAGCAUUUUGGCUUAAGCUAGUUUCCUUUCCUUGUAAAGUUAUAUUGAAAACUAUUUCCGGGAAACACUUUAUUACUGAGUAAUAGGCCUCUGGAGGGGACUAGAGGCUUUGUCUUGUCUGUCCCACAAAGAUUUUCUUGAAGCUUUGGUCUUCACAGUGCCUCAAUAUAUUGAGGUGAAAGUUUGUGUAUAGCUUUAUCAUGUAGAGUUACAAAUCAAGUGUGACUUUAGUAGGGAUUGGACAUUUUUGACAAAGUUAUGGCCCUUGGAAGUAGGAGAUAUGAAAAUUAGUUGGUAGAGGAUAUGUAUUACUUAAGCCUUACUGUCAGAUGCUUUUAAAAGAAAUGCAUUUUGAAGGAUGACUUAUUACGAGUCUGACUAAAAUACCUUUGCACUUUCAAUUAAGAAGGGGCAGGACAUAAAGCGCUCGCUUGAUGCAUGGUCGGUUUGGAAUCGAUCCCUGUCAGUGGGCCCAUUGAGCUAUUUCUCAUUUCAAGCAGUGCACUACGACUGGUAUAUCAAACAUCAUGGUAUGUGCU